AUGUUGAACACCACAGUAACCGUAACACACAUCUCGCCCAUCCCCUCAACCCUCUCCCGCGAAGGCGCCCUAGCCCUCAUCCACGACGCGGAGCACCACAUCAAAUGCGACCCCAACAUGAAAGACUACGCGGCCCGCACGCCCGCCAUCCCGCCCACCGUCCCAAAGGACAUUGACCCCAUCGCCGCGACGCAGUGCUUCUCCGUCACCGACAGCGUGCCCUCGAUGCUGCCCAAGGCCAUCUGGAGCGGCGACGCCGUCAGCGACUACGACUUUACGUUCACGAAAGACGGCAGCUUCGUGCGUACGAGCUGUCCGCUCAACGUGCUGCUCGAGACGCGCUGGCGCGUAAAGGAUGCCGAGGGCGCCGAGGGUGAGGGCGCGUUAGAGCUGGAGGAGGUUGUUGAGAUUCGGUGCUCGAGGCUUUUGGCUGGGGUUGUCAAGUCGCAGUGUGAGACGAAUUGGAAGGGUUUCCAUAAGAAGAUUCUGCAAGGAAAGACGGCAUGA